AUGUCAAUCACAAUUUUUGAAACGUUACCGAACGAAAUUCUAAUAGAAAUUUUUGAUUAUAUUAAACAACAUGAAAUAAUGUAUUUAUUUUUUAAUCAAAAUAGACGAUUUAAUUACCUACUUUCAAAUUAUUAUGCCAAUGAUAUUGAUCUUCGAUAUACAUCAUAUAAAAUUUUUAAUUAUUAUUGUUGUUCUAUAAUACCAUUAAUUGCUUCGACUAUUCGUUCAUUGAAAUUAGGCUAUGAACAUUGUUCAACUGAACAACUUUAUUUAUUUUCAAAACAUCUUGUUGCAUUUGAUAAUCUUAAAUAUUUACAUUUAUAUUGUAGACAAGAACAAGAUUUAGAGUUAUAUUUAAAAUUUGUAAAAAAUUUAUAUUGUUUAACUAUUACAAUUGACGAUCAUAUUUCGUUAUCUAAUCAAAUGACUCGAUGUCUCUUUAACAAAAUUAAUUUCUUAUUAGAAGAAUGUUCCAUCAGGAAUGGUGUUUUCUCUUUGAAAAAUCACCAGUAUCUAUCAAUAUGUUUUUUACAAAUUUUAACAAUUGAACUAGAAUUUUACAGUCAUUUAUUAAUUUUAUUUGAUUUUAUACCUCAUAUUAAACGAUUAAACAUAAAAUUGAAAUGGUUUGAUUUUAAUGUUUAUUCAAUUAUAAAUUACGAUUAUAAAACUAUUCAUAUGAAAAUACGUCAUUUAUCUAAUUUAAAAUUACAUUUUAAUCAAGUUUUAUUGUCUAAUGGUUAUAAUUUAAUUGUAUUAUUAAUUCGUCAUAUUGUUUCAUUACAACAUUUAUCAUUAAGUAUUAGUUAUUUGUCCAACUACUCUGUUAUUAAUGGUCAGUGUAUGGAAAUUGAUUUAUUAUCACCAUUAUCAAAUUUAAUAGAAUUUAACUUUUAUUUUCGAUUUUCUUAUAAUAAUCAACAGAAUAAUUCAAUAAUAUCAUCAUUUAGAAACGAUUAUUGGUUAUUAAAACGAAAACAGAAAAUUAUAUCUUAUACAGACAGGUAUGAAAAUGAUUUUUAUCUUUAUUCAUUAUCUUUUGUUUUUGAUGAUAUUGAUUGUAUAUCGAAUGGAAUUUUUAAUUACAAAGCAAAUGAUGAUGAUGAUUAUGAUGAUGAUUGUAUAUUUCAAUCGUAUUCAACUAUUUCUUCUGCAACACCAUACGCAUACGAUUUAUUUUGGUCAUUACACGAUGACAUAUUAAGAAUGUUUAAAAAUAUCAAAUGUUUGAAAUUUUAUCUUAACAGUUGUCGAUUGGCUAAUAAAGCGUCAUCGUUAGUACUUGCAAAUGUCAAUACAAUUAUUUGUCAUUAUUUACAACCGAAUCAACAAUUAUUCGAAGAGCAUUUUUCUCAUAUGUUACCAAAUGUUUACAUUUUAAAAAUAGAUGAUGUGAGUAUACGUCAUGUUGUUGACGAACAAUCAUUUCUCGAUAUUAGAAACACUUACUUUUUUAAACAUAUAACUGAAUUACAUAUGAAUGGUCUCAUCAUUGAUGACAGUAAUGAGAAAACUGAUUAUAUACUUGUAUUUCUUCGUUAUUUUUCUAAUAUUAAAAUCAUAAAGUUACAAUUUGUCAUUAAAAUGCAUAUUCAACUUAUUCAAAGUAUUCUCGAUUUAUUAAUAUCAAAUAAAAGAUGCUUGUUAUCAUUUAUUCAAUUUUAUUCACUGCAUAAUAACUAA